CGGUAACCGGCCGGUUCAGACCGGUUUACACAGGAGAAAAAAAUCAAAAACAUUUCAAACAUCAAUAGAGAUAGGGAGACAGCGCCUCUGAUGAUCACAGUUGGUUUGGUUGGCAAAAGGAUGAGUCUUAGGACUGAGUUGUUCGGAAAGGUUAGAGAGCUGAAGAAGCGUGUCACAAGUCUUCGACAUUUCUGCCACUACCAACACAAACAUCUUCAAGAUCUCGAAUUGCUCAAGUGCUUCAAAUCCGAGAUUCAAUUUGAGCUUUCUUCUAAUUACUUUCAGAAUGCUCAAAGUGGUUCCUUAGGGGACUUUUUCGUGGACUCAAACUCACCCAAUUCCAAAGAUGUGGUUUUGCGGAGAAAAUUCGAUUCGGGCGAGGAAGUUGCAGUUUCUGCCAUUCUGGGUCCUCCUAACUAUGAGAAAGACCUUGUUUUCUCAAGAGAUGCUUUUAUGAAAGUAUGUGUAAAGAAACCGGCAUUGAGUUCUAUCUUGCAAUUUGACUGUGAAGUUCAUGAAGAAACCGAUAAGGGCUCUGAUUUUGACAUCUAUAAUGCUUAUUAUCUCAGAUCACCUACAUGUCUCAGCCCUUCCAUUUACAAAGGGCCCUUAUUCAGAACAUUGGAUAAUGAGUUGCAACAUGCACUGAAGGAAUACCUGGUAGCCAAGGGCAUUGGGGUAAGCCUAACCAAUUUCCUUCUCCGCUACCUACACAAUAGAGAGCAAGAGCAGUACGUGAACUGGUUGAAGAAAGGUGAAGCAACAUUUGCGGCAAAAGAAGGGUCAUUGAGGCAAUCUUCAGAGACACAUUCUACUUAGGGUUGCAAUAUUGUCAAUUUUUGCACUUGUCGUGGCUGAGGAAAUUUUGGAUCAAUUUUAACUGACAUUUUAGUCGAUGUUUUUGAGAGUUCGGAAAAUUAGGUUGUCAAAUAAUUAAACUGAUUAGUACAGUGUAGAAUUAUGUUUCUUUUUGGUGUAAAAGUUGUACCUCAACUUUUAAAGAAGUUUGAUAAGAGAAUUUAUAUAAAAGUUAGGAUAAUAAGUUGA